UGCGGCGCAUGCAUGUGUGUGAAGUGUUGGUGAUCCAAGUAGAGCGCGCGCGGAGCAGAAGAACUUCAUGGUCCUGCUCCCGACGAGGAAGAGGUUGUCAUAGAUCCAGCUGCCUUUCAUUUCUGAUUUAUCCGUCUUUAAAGUUCUCAGUAAUCUACUUAAACGAGAGAGUGACUAAAAGGGUUGAAAUAGGUAGUUUCAUUUGAACGUCAUCUCCAGGAGUGUGUUCACCGGGUGUGCGAGUUUUUUUGUGGGGGAUUGAUUACGUAUGGCCGAACACGAGGCCAUGGACGAAGAGGAUAGUGAAAGAGGCUUUGAGGAGGAUUACUACACUUUCCUCAACAUUCCGAGAAAUGCAACACCUGAAGAAAUUAGUAAUGCAUACAGAAGGCUAAGUAAGUUGUAUCACCCUGACAAACACAGUGACCCUGCACUAAAAAAGGAUGCUGAAAUUCUGUUUAAUCGAACAAACAAAGCUUAUGAAGUACUCAAUGAUCCUCAUAAAAGAGCUAUAUAUGAUUCCCUGGGUGUCAAGGGAUUGGAUACAGAAGGAUGGGAGAUUGCAUUGCGCACAAAAACACCUCAAGAGUUACGAGAAGAAUAUGAGAGGCUUGCGAAAGAGGAGGAAGAAAAGAGGCUUUUAAUGCGUACUAAUCCAAGAGGAAAUCUUACAGUUAGAAUUGAUGCUACAGAAUUAUUUAAUAGAUACACAGAUGAAUACGAUGAAAUUUAUGGAUCCCUUAGUAGGAUAGCAACUGCUAGGCCUAGCAUAUUCAGUUCUGUUGAAGUUAGUGGAAUGGCAUUCUCACAAUCUAUAGAAGCCCCUUUAACACUAAAAGAUACUGCAGUGCUUGGAGGAGAAUUAAAUUUGAAAAAUGGUGUAGGCUCUGGUUCAGUCAAUUUUUCAGUUAGACAUCUUGUGUCACCUAGAGGUUGGUUUGAAGUUGAAGUUGGUGCAGGCAGUGGUCCAACAUUAGCUUUUAGAGGCUACAGAACGUUAACUAAAAGGAUAUUUUUUACUGGUGGCACUGUGUUACAUUUCAACUCUAAUGAAAUAAGGCCUGGAUUGAUCGGGACUUUGACAAUGCAACUGGAUACACAUACUGUUGGUCAUCUUACAUACAAAUUAGGAAUUCAAAGUGGAAUGAGUACAACUGUUGUAAGAAAUACUCCAGAAUCAAACACUGCCUGCACAAUAGAAUUUUCUCUCAUGCAAUCAUACAUUAGUUUGAGUUACACACACAGACUAGAAGAACGGCAAAUGGAGCUUAAGGGCUAUCUCAAGUUCAGUACUUUCGGCUGGUUCGCAGAGUACGGCGCUGAGAAGAAGCUUUCACAGCAUACAACGGUUUCUGCGAUGGUGCAUUUGGGAGCUCCGACCGGUGUAUAUUUACGUAUGAAACUGAAGCGUGCCUAUCAAUCAUACACCUUCCCUAUCCGUUUGAGCGAUGAACUUUUCCCUGCCCCGGUAUUUUACGCGACAGUCGCACCUCUUAUUAGUUGGGUUUUAUUAAAGAACUUUAUUGUUGACCCGAUAAAAAGAGAACGUAAGCAACGCGAUAAAGAGAAACAGAGAGAGGCAAACAAAAGAAUUAAGCAGGAGAAACAGAAGGAAGCCAAAGCAGCAGUAGAGUUGAUGAAGGCUACAUUUAGUAGGAUUAGAGCUGAGGAAGAAGCUAAGAGAGGAUUGAUUAUUACCAAGGCGAUGUAUGGACGUUUCGUUUAUCCGCAGGAUAGGGGAAAUGUUAGUGAAGAUACUGUAGAUGGUCAUAAAGAUGAAAUCAUUGAUGUGACUAUACCUCUACAAUGUCUGGUCAAAGACUCAAAACUCGUUCUGCAUAACGCGUCUAAGAGUCAGCUACCUGGCUUUUACGACCCAUGUCCUGGUGAAGAUAAACAAUUAUUAUUACAAUAUCUAUUCCACAUGCAAACGCAUGAAUGUUUAUUGAAAGACAAUGAACCUCUAAGGAUACCGAAAUCAUCUCAUCGUGUAAAUACCACAUGACAUAGACGACCUGUUCGAGAACUCAAAGGCCGCCCUGACAGCUUGGUUUACAUACCAUGGAAAAGGAAUUAAUGAAAAUUGAUGCCUUUUCCAAGUGUGACUUAUUUACGAAAGAAGCAAUUGUUAAUGAAAGUUGGUUAUUCAUUAGACGCGUUAUUUGUAUAUACAAUACUUGAUGGCAGAAAAAAACUAUAUAUGACACUUUAUGAAUUAAAGCAUAAUCCUCUAUACUGCCAAAAUAAUUGUAUAUAAUUUUUAAUCUGAUUAUUUUUUCAAAAAUAGACUGGUGUUAUGUUAAAAGAUCAUAAUAGUGAAUUUGGAUUGUUGUGAAAGUUGAGAAGGUUAUUUUAUCUGUUGAUGAGCAAAAUAUAUUUUUGAAAUGCAUGAAAAACCUAUAUAAUAUACUUACAAUUUCAAACUUUUCAGCCUGACUGAUUAAACAGAUGAUAAUUGUUUUUCUGAAAUUACCUGUCAUUCAAAAUUAAUGAAAAAAAGGAUGAAGAUAGAUAUAACAAUCAUAAAUAAGAAAAUAAUGAAACAUUGAAAAUACUGUAUAAUAUAUUUUCAAAAAUCAUUCUUGAUUUUAUAAAAUGAUUAUAGAUAAAAAAAGAUGGCAUUAUUUUCACUAUACUUGGCUUUAUUACAUGUAAAAAUCACAAUCUAGACUGUACAGAGAAUAGAAUAUCAUACAGACUCAUGUACAUUAAUUUGUUUCUGCUGUUAAAAGCAGACCAAACUACUCAAGUGAACUAUAGUCUCUGUUAUAUCAUGCUGGAGUAUGAUUUAUAGCUUUGU